CAGUUACUUCUCUCUUCAGACCCAAAGGUUCCUGCGUGAUAUGAACUGUCAACUUGAAAUCAUUACAUGGUGCUCGUGUGUGUCUGAAUUUUGUGGGGAACUCUGGACAUUUAAUCUGUGUGGUUUUGUUUUUGGAUUUACUUUGCUCUGUGGAAUUUCUUGGACUACUUCACUUUGAGAUUUGGACCCUUACAACAUUAACCACCAUCGUUCUGCUACAGCACCAUUAAACAGCAGGUUGUCAACUCGUCCACCAUUUUGGCAUCAGAGAUCUCUGUGCAGCCAACAGGUGAACAGCAGAGAACCAAUAAGCUGCUGCAUCCUCAAGCUCCUGUCAAGCAGUUACCAUGGCAACGAACACCUCAUCCAAAUAUGAAGAAAUCAUUUCUAAAAGUGAUCUGAUCCCAUCAGGAUCUCCUGAGGUCUACCAGCUGAGACCAAAGGAAGAGAACAUUGGAUCUCUAAGAAGAAUGACUCUCGGUGAAAGAAAUGUGAACAAGAUAAACAAAACCAUCUUGCUUGUGGGUGAAACAGGAACAGGAAAAUCUACUCUGGUCAACGCUCUGGUCAACUACGCCAUGGGAGUGAAGUGGGAGGACGAUGUCUGGUUUAAGAUCAUAGAGGACAAGAAGGACGAGGCGGACGAUGUGUGCUUUAAGAUCGUAGAGGAUGAGAAGUUCGAGAAGAGAAGCCAAACAGAAAGUCAGACAUCAGAUGUGAUCGUGUACCAGAUCUUUGGUUUUGAAGGUGAAACUCUGCCCUACUCUCUGACCAUCAUCGAUACUCCUGGAUACGGAAGCACCAAAGAAACUGAACAUGAUGACAUCAUCAGUCAAAGAUUAUUCGACUGGUUCCGCUCAGGAGAAGUUCAUGAGAUGAAUGCAGUGGGUCUGGUGGUGAAAGCGAGUGUGAAUCGACUGGAUGAGCGACUGAGGUACAUCUUUGAUUCAGUGGUGUCUCUGUUUGGAAAAGACAUGGAGAAGAACAUUGUUGCUCUCAUCACAUUCUCAGAUGGUCUGACACCUGAAAAUGUUCUGAAAGCUCUUGAUGCUGCAAACAUUAAGAUAGCCAAAGAUGAGGAGAAUGAGCCUGUUCAUUUUAUGUUUAAUAACCGCCAGGACACAGGGAGAACAAAGAAGAAUAAGGCUGCUUUGAAAGGUGCAUGGGACUUAACAAUGGAAGGAAUCUUUCAGUUUAAAGAGUUUCUGGAAAAACUGCACCUCAGAAUCUGAUGGCAACUAUUGAAGUGUUGAAGGCUCGAAUCAGACUGACAGCCUGCAUCCAAAACCUGCAAGAGAGAGUUGAGUUCACUGAACUAAAACAGAGAGAAAUCCAACAGACUCAGGAAGCUCUGAAGAAACAUGAAGAAGAGAUGAAGAGAAACGAAGAGUUCAUUGUAGAAUUUGAUGAAGUCUACAAAGUGAAACAAAAAAUUUAUGAGAGGAGGUGGUGGUGGUUGUGGUUAAAUUAUGGAGGAGCUGUCUGCUGUACAGUCUGUGAGGAGAACUGUCACUAUCCUGGAUGCACACUGGCCUGGUAUCCUGAACACUGUGAGGUCAUGAAAGAUGGCCGCUGCACUUCAUGUACCAGGAAGUGUCCUGUAUCAGAUCAUGUGAAAGAAAAGUGGAUCUAUGUGACCAAGACAAGGAAAGUUCAGAAGACCCUGAAAGACGUGAAGGAGAAGUAUGAAAGAGGUAAAACUGGCUGUGAGGAGAACUGUCACUAUCCUGGAUGCACACUGGCCCAGAAUCCAGAAAGCUCUGAUGUCAUGAAAGAUGGCCGCUGCACUUCAUGUAUCAGGAAGUGUCCUGUAUCAGAUCAUGUGAAAGAAAAGAUCUAUGUGAAUGAGACAAGCAAAGUUCAGAAGACCCUGCAAGAUGUGAAAGAGAAGUAUGAAAGAGGUAAAGCAGGAUGUGAGGAGAAAACAAGCCUUUUGAAAACUUUAGAAAAGCAAAUGGAAAAACUUCAGAAAGAAAAAGAUCAGAUGUUGGAAGAAUCUUUCGAGCUUGUUGUCAGACUGGAUCAGAUCGCCCUGAAUGUUGAUUCACUGUCCACUCAUGUCCACUUGGACUUCCUGAUUGAGAAGAUGAAGGAGAAAGGAGACGCAGAGAAGAUCCAGAAACUGGAAGAGAUGAAGAGUCGAGUGAAUAAAGAUAAAGGAACCAGAGCAGCUCUGUGGUACAUGUCUGGUAAACUAACAGCAGCUGGUAAAGCUGUUAAAGCAGCAGUGAAGUAGCAGGUGAACACCAUCAGUGUGAGCAGCAGCUGUGUAGAAAACAAGCUCUACACUGUUGAUCCAGAUGUUUAAACAUCACAAAAGCUUUUUCAUUCUAGUUCUAUGAAGUGUGAUGAUGAUGUCAUAAGUUCAUGAGGAAAUUCAAAUGUAAUCACCUUUUAAAUGUCAGAUGUGUACUUCCUGGAAACAGCGCCCUCUGUGGUGUGGAAUGACUGCUGCUCUUCUUGUACUUCCAUGUUUGCUCACCAAUAGUGAGUUCAGUGUGCAGAUUAUCAUCAGUGCUGAAUCAUGGCAGCAGAUUUAUUUGGUGUUGAACAGCUGUUAGUUUUCUCUUCUAAUCAUGUUUUCUCCACUAUGAUUGUGUUUGUGCUUGUAUGAAUAGACGUGUCUUAUAUAUCCACCAUGAUGUCACAAUGUUGAAGCUGUUGGGAAACUAAAGUGAACUCAUUAUAAAGGAGUUCAGCCUGGAGGGGGGUUGAAACCUCUUCCUGUGUUCUGAGAGUGUUAAUAAUAUAUCUUAAUAUCUUUCUCAAUAAUAAAGAAGAUUCCAGUUAAUGUGUGUUGUAUCAAAGUCCUAUAAGAGCUGAGGACAGACUGCCUCUCCUCAGUCACACCUGUGUAAUGCUGAUGAUGCUCUGACCUGCAAACAAUAAAGAUCUGCUGACAUUAUGAA